AUAUGAAACACUGCACUGGUAAUACGUUUAUAUUUCUAGAUCAUUAAUCUGGUGCAGUACAUCAUUAACUGGUUCGUGUUUUAUGUGUUGUGUAAUAUUUUUUAAGUAGUAAAAUAUUGUCUAUAUUGAAACAAGUUAAAAUGAAAAUAUUAGUUAAUAUUGUAGUGUUAUUUUUUAUAAUAAUUAAAAUUGAUAAUUGUAUUGGAUAUAGAAUCCUCGCAUUAUUUCCAUUAAAUGUAAAAAGUCAUUUUAAAAUGUAUGAAAGAUUAAUGAAAGGUCUUGUUGAACGUGGACAUCAAGUAGAUGUUAUUAGUAGUUUACCACUCGAUACACCAAUCAAAAAUUAUACAGAUAUUGUAUUAGAUCCAAUAGCUUCCGAUCAUACUGAUGAAUUUACUUAUGAUCUUCUUCCAUUGUAUAAUGGUUUAAGUCAGUUUGAAAUAAUUGCAACUAAGGCUGGAAACGACAUUUGUGAUGGGAUUUUAAGAAAUUCUAAAGUUCAAGAUAUUAUUAAUAAUCCACCAACAAAUCCACCAUAUGAUUUAAUCAUCAUGGAACUAGCUGCUGGUAAUUGUUUUAUUGCAUUUGGACAUAAAUUAAAUAUACCAGUAGUUGCAGCAAGCUCAUCAUUUUGGCCAUUUACAUCAAACAUGUUUGGAAAUCCUGAGAAUUUAGCUGUAACAGCAAAUCUAUUUACUCAUAAUUUUGAUAGAAUGAAAUUUUUUGAUAGAAUGUAUAAUGUUAUUUUUACAUUUUAUACAAAUUAUAUAUUUAAUAAACUAAGAGCACCACAAGACGGCAUGAUUAAAAAAAAAUUUGGUCCAAGUACACCUAGUCUGAUAGAAUUGGAAAAACAAUUUGAUUUACUUCUCCUUAAUACACAUCCAUCGUUGGAGGAUCCAAUACCAAGAGUACCAGGAUUGAUUGAAGUUGGUGGUCUGCAUGCUCUGGAUGAUGAUAGCCCUGAAUUAUCAAUGGCUGAUAAAAAAUGGCUUGAUGAGAGCACUGAUGGAUUUAUUUAUUUUACGUUUGGAUCAAUUGCCGUAACAGAAUCAUUUCCUUUGUCAACAAUUCAAGCUUUUUACAAAUCAUUUGCAAAACUUGCACCAUUGAGAAUACUUAUGAGAGUUAAACGACCAGAAAGACUUCCACCAGGACUUCCAGAGAACAUCAAAAUUUUUACAUGGAUAUCACAACCCAAAGUGCUCAAGCAUAAAAAUAUUCGUGCAUUUAUAACACAUGGUGGAUUAAUGGGAACUCAAGAAGCAGUUGCUCAUGGAGUACCAAUGAUUGGUGUACCUCUUUUCUGUGAUCAAUUUACCAAUGUUGAUCUAUAUGUACGAAAAAAUAUUGCGAUUCGGCUGGAACACAAAGAAAUAACUGAAAAAAAAUUAGAUUUUGCGUUGAAAGAAAUACUUGAAAAUCCAAUGUACAGAAACAAUGCAAAAAAAUUGGCUAUCAAAUUUCGAGAUCGUCCAUCAAGUCCUCUUGAUACAGCAUGCUACUGGAUUGAAUACAUUGGUAGACAUGGUAAAAAUUCACUGAGAUCACCCACUCUAGACUUGGCCUGGUGGCAAGUUCAACUACUCGAUGUCUAUGCCGCAAUUUCACUUGCUAUUACAAUUAUUAUAAUAAUCUCAGUAAUAUUAGGAAAAUACAUAAUUAAAAAAUUCUAUUUUUACAUUCCAGCAUCGGGCGAGAAAAAAAAUUUUGAAUUUGAUAAUUGUUUUGGAUAUAGAAUUCUUGGAUUAUUUCCAUUAAAUGGAAAAAGUCAUUUUAAAAUGCCUGAAAGUCUAAUGAAAGGUCUUGCAAAACGUGGUCAUCAAGUUGAUAUAAUAAGUUUUUUUCCACUUGAUAUACUAAUGCAAAAUUAUACAGAUAUUACUAUUGAGCCACUUGUUAACGAGUAUGUUGAUGAUUUUAAUUAUGAUAUUUUUCCUACAUACAAAGAUAUAAUGCAAUUUAAAAUGUAUGCAACUGUGUUUGGUAAUGAUGUUUGUGAGGGACUUCUUAAAAAUUCUAAAGUUCAAAAUAUAAUUAAUAAUCCACCAACAAAUCCACCUUAUGAUUUACUCAUCAUGGAAUUGUAUGCUGCUAAUUGUUUUAUGGCAUUUGGACAUAAAUUAAACAUUCCAGUAAUUGGUGUAAGUCCAGCCUUCUUUCCUUGGACAUCAGCUAUCAUUGGAAAUCCUGAAAAUUUAGCAAUAACAUCAAAUAUUUUUCUCAGUACCACUUUUGAUAGAAUGAAAUUUGUUGAUAGAAUGUACAAUGUUAUUUUUACAUUUUAUACAAAUUAUAUAUUCAAUAAACUGAGAGCACCACAAGACAAAAUGAUUAGAAAAACGUUUGGUCCAAGUACACCUAGUUUAAUGGAAUUGGAAAAAACGUUUGAUUUAUUUCUCGUAAAUACACAUCCAUCAUUGAAUGAUCCAAUACCAAGAGUACCAGGAUUAAUUGAAGUUGGUGGUUUACAUGCUCUAGAUGAUGAUAGUGCUGAAUUAUCAGUGGCUGAUAAAAAAUGGCUUGAUGAGAGCACUGAUGGAUUUAUUUAUUUUACGUUUGGAUCAUUUGCCGUUACAGAAUCAUUUCCUUUGUCAACAAUUCAGGCAUUUUACAAAUCAUUUGCAAAACUUGUACCAAAAAGAAUACUUAUGAGAGUUAAACGACCCGAAAGACUUCCACCAGGUCUUCCGAGCAAUGUUAAAACUUUUACUUGGAUAUCACAAGCUAAAGUACUCAAGCAUAAAAAUAUACGAGCAUUUAUAACACAUGGUGGAUUAAUGGGAACUCAAGAAGCAGUUGCUCAUGGAGUACCAAUGAUUGGUGUUCCACUUUUUACCGAUCAAUUUACAAACAUCGAUCUGUAUGUAAGAAAAAAUAUUGCCAUUCGCUUAGAACACAAAGAAAUAUCUGAAAAAAAAUUAGAUUUUGCUUUGAAAGAAAUUCUUGAAAAUCCCACGUACAGAAUUAAUGCAAAAAAACUGGCCAUCAAAUUUCGAGAUCGUUCAUCAAGUCCACUUGAUACAGCAUGCUAUUGGAUUGACUACAUUGGUAGACAUGGUAAAAAUGCACUAAGAUCACGGACUUUGGAUAUGGCCUGGUGGCAAGUUCAACUUCUCGAUGUCUAUGCUGCCAUUAUAUUCAUCAUCACAAUGAUCAUUACAAUAUUAGUAAUUUUAAUAAAACACCUAGUUAAAAAAUUCCAUUUCCAUACUUCAAUAUCAGAUGAAAAAAAAAAUAGCUAG